UAAAAACUACCCUUACACGAGAAUAGUGGAACAAACCGAAAAGUGACAGAAACAACUCCCAACAAAAAUUUUGCGAAAUAUGCUUAUAUUGUCAUUCUCCCUGCUUGACCAAUUCGUGUUUUAAUACGGCCUAAGAUAUUCAUUAAAAUGUUGUUGGAAACGAGAAUUGUAUUUAGUGUAUAAUUAAAGGGACGUAGCAAUAAAUAAUAUUUAUAAUGUCCCAUAAAAUGUUUCGCAAAUUAGUUAAGCACAAGCACAUAAGUUGCUGGAAUGUAUGUUGCAUUUAACUUAAGAGCAAUAUGAUAAGAGCAGGAUAUAAGAGCAAAAUAAAUUUAAAAUAAAUAGGAAGCUCUUUGUGAUAACCACCAGUCAAACUUUGAUGACGAUUAUAAACGCGUCGCAUUUGCCUACGGAAAAAUGUUAAAAUAUGCUUCUCUAUAUUCUUGGAGAGAUAGCUUCCAAAAUUAUGAAGAUUCCUAUGAAAUUGUACCUUAUAAUAUUUGUAUGCGCAACAGUAUUGUUUGUACAGUAUCAUGUGUAUAAUCCGUAUACUACAACACAAAGUGAUUACGCACAGUUUGAAAGAAGAAUACACGCACCGUGUGAAGCUUUAGUGGACAAACCGGGAACAGAUGUUGUUCCUUUAUAUAUAAUUACGCCUACAUAUAAAAGACCGGAACAACUAGCAGAAUUAACUCGACUAUCGCAUACACUUAUGUUAGUCCCUAAUGUUACAUGGUUGGUUGUAGAAGAUGCAUACAGUACAAAUAAUUUGGUCGAAGAUAUCCUACGAAAAUCCGGCAUUAGAUACUAUUAUAUGACAGCUCCCAUGCCAAUUCAGUAUAAAAACAAAACCAAAGGCCCAAAGCCCAGAGGAGUGUCUAAUAGAAAUAAAGGAUUAGAAUGGCUCCGAAAGAACGCAGAAUCAGGAGUAUUCUAUUUUGCUGAUGAUGACAAUACGUAUGACUUAGAACUUUUCGCUGAAAUUCGGAAAACCAAAAAUAUUUCGAUGUUUCCUGUGGGAUUGAUAACAAAAGCGGGUGUAAGUUCACCGAUUGUUAAAAACGGCGAAUUUGCUGGAUUUUAUGAUGGCUGGAUUGCUGGACGGAAAUUUGCAGUUGAUAUGGCAGGAUUCGCAGUAUCUAUAGAGUUUUUGUUAUCAAGACCGGCAGCACUGAUGCCUUUUAAACCAGGAUACGAAGAAGACGGAUUUUUAAAAAGCCUUGCCCCACUCGAACCCAACCAAGUCGAGUUAUUAGCUUCAAAUUGCACUAAGAUAUUAGUGUGGCACACCCAAACCAAGAAAAAUGAACCAUCGUGGGCUUUAGAUUAUUCAAAGUACAACAACACCAACUUAGUAUCGCUGAAAAGUAUUCUUGUCUAAAUAUUUGUACAUCUGGUACUGUAGGACAAAAAAUAAUAAUAGGUGCCUAUUUUGAAUGUAUCAUUAUAGAACUUUCAAGAACAUAUCCUCUAAAAUCUUUCACAAUUUUAACAUGACACAUAUAUUUGCUUCUAAGAAAUAUAAACACUUGAUAUAAUUCCGACAGGGCUGGACAGACCUUGUUUCAAAAUUUUUAGUUCCAUAUGCUUAAUAAUGAGAAGUUUACUGCAGCGUUAAAAUAAAAUAAAAAAGAGAUUUUGUAAGAUUACAAUAAUACUCAAGAUUAUUAUUUAGUAAUUGUUGUUUAUAUGCUGAAAAAUUAAAUUGUUGUACCUGACCGAAAGAGGAGCAACAAUACUUAACUGUACUGGACAUGUUAAAAAACUGUAAACAACCAAUUAUUACUAACCAAGGUUAUAUUUGCAUCACCUGGUGUAAAUGAAAGCAUACAACAUGCAAGAGUAAGCGCAUUCUUCCUUUAGGAUAGCGUUAUAAUUACGAUAUUAUUUUUUGUAUAUUAUGCCGUUUAUUGAUUUUAGUCAUUAGUCUUAUGAUUUGUGAUUGUGUUACGUAGCUCUAGAGUAAAUAUGGAACUUAGUUUCAUACUGAAAAUAACAUAAGGGAACUUUAAACCAAUAGUGCAUUUCCCAAUUUCUUGUAAAAUUGUAGUUUUCCUUUAAAAGAAAUAAUUGUGAUACUUUUUUAUAAAAAUUGCAAAAUAA